AUGAAGAUCUCAACGUCUCUUAUCACCGGCAUCUUCGCCAUCUUCGUCACAACAUCUGCAUCAACCAUCGGUAGACACGAAGAUUCCUACCCUAACUUCAUUCGAGAGGCCGAGCAAACAUGUAUCACUCCUGGUGUCAUUCCCAACAUCACCGGCUCCCAGAUCCGCACUGUCGGGGUCGUCCUUUUCCAGGGAUUCGACAUGAUUGAUGUCUUUGGCCCUCUGGAUCCUCUCCAGCUCAUGUCGCUCAGCGUCCAGAAGCUCAACCUUCACCUCAUAGCAGAGACACUUGAUCCAGUGACCACAAAGCCUGUGGUUAUGAACAAGUUCGACUCAAGCUUCUUCCCCACAGUCCCACCGACCAACACUUUCGACGACGAGCUGGACCUUGAUCUUCUCAUCGUUCCUGGUGGUUCUGGCGCCCGAAACCCGAACCUGCAAGCUGUUACUAGCUAUAUCGCAAAGAUGUUCCCCAAGGUCAAGAUCCUGAUGACUAUCUGCACCGGUGCUGGUGUUGCGGCCAGAUCAGGUGUCUUGGACGGACACAUGGCAACGACUAACAAGAAUGCCUGGGCCACGAUGAAGGAUAUGGGGCCUAAAGUGAAUUGGGUAUCCCCCGCGCGUUAUGUCAUUGACGGAAAAAUCUGGUCUUCUUCAGGUGUCACUUCCGGUCUGGAUCUUAUCUUUGCAUUCAUCGCCACGUUCUGGGGCAAGGAGCAGUCAGAGCGUCUCGCUGCCAUAACCGAGCAUGUGCCGCGCGAAGCGACUGAUGAUCCCUUUUCAAAGCACUACAACAUCACACCCACUGAGGCCCAGCCCUGCUCUCAACCAUAA